AUGUCGGCCUCUACUUACAAAGCAGCGGCCAAAGGAUCCCUGCGCGUGUUUCUAGUUCAGACCGCGCAGGGCCUUGCGCCCUCGUCCGGCGGCUACAAAGCCAAUGUUCAUCUUCUCCGUACGCUUGCCGUUGGUGGUCAUUCGGCUUCCCAGCUUUGUUACGCCACGGAAGAUGAGAUCACAACCUUUUCCGAACGCGCCAUGAAAGCCGGCAUUGAUCCAAACCUCGACCCCAUGGAACUCGGCCAGGUCCAGGUCGGCAACGAGAGCAUCGAAAUUAGCGCCAAAGCGUUCACUGACGAGUACAGCCAUGGUAAUUUAACCGACCGCAUGAACACACUUGUCAAAUUUCUCUCCAAGAUCAUCAUUCGUCUUCAACCCACCCAUAUCAUCUUCAAUGACCCGCUCACCAUGAAGGUCACAGCUGUGCACCCUGCCCGCGAGACCUUCAAGCGCAUUAACAUCAUUCACACCGCCGAACAGAUCCCGUACGGGCCCUUUGUUGCCGGUGUUGAUGGCCAUUGCCUCUCUCCCGCCGCGGAGAAUGAGCUCCUGCGCGACCUCGACGGGAUCUGGGCCGUUUCCAAGGCUGUCAAGGACUACGCCUGGACCUACGGCAAGCUUGAAACCACUUUUCUGGUCCAUCCCAUCUCGACCUAUCUUGAUUCGGUCACCGGUGGGCUACCUCGCGUGCGCAACAAUGUCGACAAGACCGAAGUCGGCAUGAUCAACCCCUGCCCCCACAAGGGGCUUUCUAUUCUGCUCGCUCUUGCGCAGAGGUUCCCGCAGAUGGACUUUGUGGUGUGGAAGAGCUGGGGCUCCCGCCCUGAGCACAUUGCCCAGCUAGAGGCGUUCCCCAACAUCAAGAUUGAGCAAACCACCCGCAACACCGAUGAGAUUUGGGAUCGCAUCAAGGUUCUUCUCGCCCCUUCGCUCUGGCAUGAAGCCUGGGGAAUCGUCGUCACCGAGGCUCAGCUCCGCGGCAUCCCCGUCAUUGCCUCUAACGCCGGCGGCCUGCCCGAGGCCAAGAUUGGUCUUCCCUACUGCAUCCCGGUCAAGGAAGUCACUGGCGAGCGCCACCCCAACGGCGAUUACGUCGUCGCCGACCAAGACAUUGCCCCUUGGGCCGACGCUCUCACCAAGGUCAUGGGUAACAAGGAGGAGUACAACGCCCUUCAGGCCUUGACAGCCGACACUGCCGCCGCGUGGUUGAACCAGCUGGACUCCCAUGCCCAUGAGAGAUGGUUUUGCGAGAUGCUAGGCUUGGAGUUGGAAGCGGCCGAAUAA